AAACCCGUUAAAUUUGUGCGAUUCGCAAAAAUUUGUUCCAUAAAAAUCUCUUGUUUUGAUAAAACAUUUUGUAAGUUUUAAGCAGUUUAAUUAACUUGAUAAAAUCUAAAAUGUUAUCGAUAACACGUCAAAUAUUGCCAAAAACAAGAGGAUUAGCUGUUUUGACAUCCGUUCGCACUAAGGUAACUUUACCUGAAUUGCCAUACGAUUAUGCAGCCUUAGAACCAGUUGUUUGUCGUGAAAUCAUGGAGCUUCAUCACUCAAAACAUCAUCAAGCCUAUGUAACAAACUUUAAUGCAGCUAAGGAACAAUUGGAUGAGGCAGUUGCAAAGAAUGAUGCUAGUAAGAUUAUCAGUUUACAAGGCGCAUUAAGGUUUAACGGUGGUGGACACAUUAAUCACUCAAUUUUCUGGAAGAACCUAACACCAGAACGUACAACCCCAUCUGAUGCACUCCAAAAAGCAAUUAUUAAGGAUUUUAAGACACUCGAUAAUUUAAAGGCUGAAUUAAAAGUCGCUGCUGUUGGAGUUCAAGGAAGUGGCUGGGCAUGGUUGGGACUUAACAAAAAGACUGGAAAUUUACAAGUCGUUCAAUGUCCAAAUCAGGAUCCCCUUGCAGCCACAACCGGCUUAGUUCCAUUAUUUGGUAUUGACGUUUGGGAACAUGCUUAUUAUCUCCAAUAUAAAAAUCUUAGACCAACUUAUGUUGAUGCUAUUUUUGAUAUCGUUAACUGGAAUGACGUUUCUGAAAGAUUCUCAUCAGCUUAGAUCUUGCGUAUGAGUUAAUUAUAUUAUAAAUCUGAGAAUGUGCGAAUCGCAAUCGAAAGUUUUUGUGUCUGAGAUGCAGAUUGAAUAAAAAGCUAUAAGUUUAAUAACAAAAGUUUCCCAAUUAAUAAACUUAUCUUUGAUGUCUUAUCCUUAACAGGUGUCUGCUAACGUUCAAAAAAUUACAAAAAUAAUAGAUUUUUCGGACACAUCAACUGCGCAGGCUCAAAACUUAGCGAAAAAAAA